AGCAUUUCAUCGUUGUUGUUUGAUUGUGCUUGUUUUUGUCUGUCUAUCACCUGGAAUUCAAUGCACGUUCGUAGAAUAAUUGUUAAAUAGGCAAUGCUUGAUAGUCUUGAUAUAAGACUGUUGUCUUCAGUAGUUAGGAAAUAGAUGAACUAAAAAAGGCAAAUGUAUUUCAAGCCACACAUGGUUGAUCAGCAUUACAGAAAACUGAGACUGGUUCAGUAUUUUUUCGUGCACCCAGUCAUCUGCACUACACUUUGUAUACAAAAUGGAGGUCAUCAGGGUCCUGAGUUCCUUAUUAUGUUAAUGUAUAGUGCUGUUAAUUGCAGAUGGUGAUUUCUGCAAUACCAAAGCCGAUGUAGUUGUUCUUAUUCAAGACAGUCAGGAUAUUUCCACAGCGACAGUUGGAAACAUAAAAACCGUGGUGCGAAGACUGCUGACUCUUCUAGGUAGUGAGUCAACUGACUUCACCUUUGCACUGGCAACGUACGCUAAAUCGAGGCGAAUGAGUUGUUUUGGCAGCGCAACCGAUACAAUCAGUUAUAUGGACAGAGAAUACAAUCAUGGACGUCGUGGUACUAAAAACCUUUUAAAACGGGCCCUAAGUAGAAUGAUCUUAAAACAAUUUCAAAAUCGACGAGACGACAGAAAAGGCGACGACACAGCAAAGAUUCUAGUAAUAUUCUCAGACGGCAAAGCGGAACAUGGAAGAGGUGCGAGUGGAAACAUUAUGGACACCUUCAGGCUUGAGAAAGCUGCAAAACUGUUGAGAGUCAAUAACAAGGUUAAAAUAGUCGGAGCCCUUAUUCCCAACAAUGACAACACAGAACGAAUACAGGAGCUAAAAGGCAUCGUCACUGAACCAAAUGAUGCCAUAGACGAGGAUUUUACUUCUAGCAACCUUAACAACAUCGCAGAUCUCCUUGCAGCUCGGGUGAAACGAUUUGUAACCUGUCCGGUUACAUACACAAUUGAAGUUUUCACCGAGGAGACAUUUGUAAACAACGAGUACAAUCUGAAAGUUAGGAUUCAAGGACAGGGGGACAAACAAACUGAAGACCACGCCUUGACCGAGCCAACAACAGAAAUGCAAGGAGACCUGUUCGUGAUUAAAGCCGAGUUCUCCGAUCUUGAUGUUGGAACUGUGAGGAGGGUUCAUCUAUCAGCAAGUAGAAAAACCCAGGGAAAUAGUGUGUGGAGCCUUAAGAAGGUAAAGGUUAAAAAGGGAGGGCAAACGGUAACCGCAGUUUUCAAUGAAGAUAUUCCCGCCUGGCCCCUUGGUCAAUGGUAUUCUGGUAAGUUCUAAUUAAAAAAUGUUUUCUAACAGUAGAAUAUAUCUCUCGUGUCAGCAUUUUUCCGACCAUUGGCCCACUUUACCAGCUUCAGAAGUUGUCGCUCUAAUCUGUGAGAUGCGCUUAACCCUUUCACCCCCGUGAGGAAUACCACAUAUUUGUGAGACAGUAGUUAUAGACACAAAGACCACCAUACAAUAUAUCUUUUGAAAGGUAUUGUUUGUGGAGUUCCAUAAAUAAUACUAACAGCCAUAGAGGAAGUUACAGUUUGAACUGCAAAGCAUUCAAAACGAAAAAAAGGGUUGAAAAAUAUCUUACUCCUCCCAUA